AUGGUCCGACCGGAUCUGGGCCAAGUGGAUUUCUGGCGUGCAGGUGGCUUGCUCCUCAAGCGGCUUUACCUCGACGACCUGUUCGUUUGUCUGGCUGCUAUGUGUCUAAUUGGCGAUCUGGCGAUCCAACAUUACAUGUUUAAUCAGGGCAUGUCGGAUAUGGCAAACGCAACUGCAGUGGAGAUGAUCAACAUGAUGAAGAUGAUCAUCCCGGGCUCUACAUUGUAUGUCACUGCGCUGUGGCUGAUCAAGUCCAGCAUGGUGAUCUUUUACAAGCGCCUGGCGGAUCGAACCCAGUACCAGAUUGUGUACAAUAUCACACUUGCUUUCCUGGCUGCGACCUGGCUAGUACUGUUCUUUGAUAUUGUCUUCAAGUGCUAUCCGCCCCGACGCCAGUGGGAGAGUGUUUUAGAUGCCGAAUUGGCAUGUCCCCAAGGACCUUCAACAGUAAACUAUUGGCUCACUAUCCUCUUCAACAUCUUCAGUGAUGUUUUCAUUAUUUGCCUCCCGAUCUCGCAAGUUGUGCGACUCAAGAUGCCCAGGAAGCAAAAGUGGGGUGUCAUCUCUGUUUUCCUUCUCGGUGUUCUUGUUGUCAUUUCCAGCAUCAUCCGGGCAAUUUACUCCUACCGUAAUGAGCAAAUGAUCACUUGCACCGUGUCCAUGGUUGAAACCGCCAUCGCUAUCAUUGCUUCCUGUCUACCCGUUCUCCGCACCCUCGUAUUCGGCUCGCACUCUCGCACAGGAACCUAUAGCGGCCGCCGUGGCUACGAGCUCUCGCAAUCUGGCCUCAACGCCAGCAAGCAGCAAACCACCGUCUCCGUCUCACAAAGUCACGCUGACCGCGGCGCGGAUGAGGUUUCGUUCAAUGACUCCGAGGACGGAUUGGUGAAGGACACGGCAUUGAGUUCUGGACCAGGAAUUGCUGUCAGACACGAGUAUUUCGUGCAUGAGGAUCAUGCGUAA